AUGUCUCGCAUGAUUGAAGGAUUAACUGGAUUCAAGAAUUUCAUGGCUCCACAAUCGAAUACUUGGAUGGAGAAUGCAGACGAAACUGACGAAGAAGAAUUGAAAGAGUUUUGUGAAUUUAUGGAGGAGGAAUGUAAUGCAGAGUUUAUUGAAGAGAUUAAUCAGGAAUCGAUCAAUACAAUGAUCGAUUAUUCAGCAUUUCCUUCAGUUUCGAAUAGUGUCAGUAAAGGAAGUGCAACCUUAUUGUCUUCAUUUGAAAAACGAAAGGUCAAGAAGAAACGAAAGCAAAAAAUUACUCCUUUGAAGAAUUUGAAAAGUAUUAUUGUAGAGAAUCCAAGAUUGGUUUCUCCAACAAAGAGUACUCCUCCAUCAAGUCCAUUUCAUCCUCAAUCUUGUACUUUCGAAUACAUUCCACACGAUGUCGUUGGAGAAUACGAAUCUAUCUAUAUCACUCCAAGUAAUUAUCCAUCCAAUCUAACACAUGUAUCAAGCUGCCAGAUUAAGCAAACAAGCAGAUUUUUCCUAUUUGGAUCUUCUGUAACUAAUCGAAACGUUUCUACUCAUUUAAUUUCAUUUACUGUAGAGCCAUCUUGUCAUCCUAACACAAAUUUGAAAAAGCAACACUUGGAAAAGUUUCCAAAGGAUGUCCUUCCAUCAUUUGGAUCUGAUUCUAGAAUCAUGAUGGUUGUUAACACCUACUUGGAAAGUUAUUACUUAUUUAUUUAUUCGAAAGAUACAUUCUAUAACGCACAAGUUGACUCGAAUGGAAACUUGUUAUCACCAUUCAGAAAGUGUGAAUUUACCAAGACUAAUGAAGCUACUGAGUUCUUUACAAUGAUCUCCAAAUAUAAAGAUUCAGAAAUUUGGAGAUUCGGUGGAAGAAAUAAGAAAACAAACGAAUUGACUAAUGAAUUGGAAGUUUUUUCAACUAUUGACAAGAAACACAUCAAGAUUGAAAAGAUUAUUCCAAAAUCCUCCAAGAUUCCAGCUCCAAGACAAGAUCACUGCAUGUACUAUGAUUCCAAAAAGGAAAGAAUUUUCAUUUUUGGUGGAGUUGACAAGAAUGGCAACCUUUUAAAUGAUUUACAAUGUUUCGAUAUGGAAAACAAGACAUGGCGAGAGAUUAAGACAAAUUUCAAACUUCCUCCUCUCAAAAAUUGCAAAUUAACAAUGAAUGGAUACAAACUUGAUCGCAUACUUCAACUAAUUGGUGGAAAUUUCAGUGAUGGCUCUGUAAAUUCUUUGAUUAUUUCAAUUUAUCCUGAAACUGGUGAUGUGAAAGUUCACAGUGCAUUGGAAUGA